AUGAACAACACCAACACCAACACGACCAUCAACAUGAUCAAAUCCCCACUCACAGUCCACAUCCCGCCAACAGACGUCGCAUCCUUUGUUUUCGCCUCCGGAACGCCCGAAUCCCGCGCAGCGCUGCAGUACUUUGACGCCGCGGCGCCCUCGUCGAAAUGCUACAGUCUCGCAGAGGCCAAGGUAUUCACCAAGCAGAUUGCGAAGGGCCUCCAGGAUAGAGCGGGCCUUGAACCGGAUGACAAGGUACUGCUCUUUUCGGGCAAUUGUUUGUUUUGCCCGGUCCUGCUGUGGGGUGUACUUGCUGGGGGGUUUGUGUUUACGGCCGCGGCGCCGGUAGCGAGUGUUUCUGAACUGGAAUAUCAGCUGCGCGACUCCGGCGCAAAACUGGUUCUGGCUGGAGAGGCACAAGUCCUCGUGGCACUGGAGGCCGCAGCGCGAGUUGGACUGAACAGAGACAAGGUAUAUCUAUUCCAGGAUCCUACGGAUGAGACUGGUACAGUGCUCCCAGCUACCAGCCUUCAACCGUGGACAGACCUAUGGGCACCAGCCGCAGAAGUACAGAACUGGUCAUGGAGGCAAAUCACAACCCUGGAUGAGGCCAUGCGGACGACGGCGAUAAUUAAUUACUCUAGCGGCACGACGGGACUACCGAAAGGAGUCGAGAUAUCCCAUUACAAUGCCGUUGCCAAUUCCAUGCAGCUUCUGGCCAAGCGUAACCAGGUCGCUGAUACCCCAAAGGGACGCGCCCGGAGGGCGAGGAUGCAGAUGUCAGGAGAUAGGUGGCUGGCGCCUCUUCCCAUGUAUCAUGCCUAUGGCCAAACAUACUACUGCAUGAACGCCGCGCGCCUCGGCGCAAAAGUCUUUAUCAUGAAGUCCUUUGACAUCCAAAAGUACCUCCUCUACAUGGACAUCUACCGCAUCAAUUUCAUGGUCUCCGUCCCAGCCAUAAUGGCCACCCUAGCCAAGCAACCUAAUGCAAAACGCUACAACCUCUACGCCGUGGAAACAGUAACUAGCGGUUCCGCCCCAUUAAGCCCUGACCUCGGCCGCGCAAUCGAGCAACUCUACCUCCGCCCCAGCGUUUCCGUCAAACAGGGCUGGGGGAUGACGGAGACAACAUGUUCAAUUACCGGCUUUUCGCCAGACGACGAGGAUGACGGGCGGUCGAUUGGGUGGCUGAAUCCAAACUGCGCUGCGAAGAUUGAGCCGCUUAAUGACCGCGAUUUCCAGGGCGCGAGCAGUGCUCCGCCUGGGACGACUGUAGGUGAGAUUUGGGUUGCCGGGCCGAAUAUCAUGAAGGGGUACUUUAAGAAACCGGCUGCUACGGCCGAGGCGAUUGUUGAAAAGGACGGGCUGCGGUGGCUGAGGACGGGGGAUAUUGGGUAUAUUGAUGGACGCGGGUGUCUUUAUAUUGUUGGUCGGCUUAAGGAACUCAUCAAAGUCAAAGGCCUUCAAGUCGCCCCCGCCGAAAUCGAACAAUACCUCCUGACACACCCCGACGUCACAGAUGCAGCUGUCGUCGGCGCGCAAAUAAAUGGCGUCGAGUACCCACGCGCCUUCGUCGUCCGCAGAGAAGGCGGACGCGUCACGGACACGGAGUUAGUGGAAAUGGUCAAGGAGCGGUUUGCGCCGCAUAAGUGGCUUACUGGCGGCGUGUAUUUUAUAGAGAAGAUUCCGCGGACUGGAAGUGGGAAGGUGGUUAGGAGGAUGUUGGUGGGUUUAGUGGGUGGUGAGCUUGGGUCUCGGGCGAAGUUGUGA